UUACACUGUAGAUUAGCUUACAGUAAUUGGCAGUGGAUUAUAUUUCAUUUUCCACGUUUUUUUACGGAACUAUACGUUUCGAGCAUAAUCUAACAAGUAUUUCUUGUCACCCGUCGUAGCUAGUUCCCAGAUAUACCAGACAGUAUUCAUUGUAACUGGAUGUAACAAGUUUCUUAAUCCCACGUAAUGUAAACAAUGUAGGAAGCCUGAGUAGAUUUUGCGUUCUAGCUAACUUUUACAUAAAAUACCGCAUAUUUAAAUGAUUCGAAAUAUGAAUACUCGGAAAACAAAACAACAAAAAACAACAAUAAUUACAGGAACUCAAUAUUCACAUAAAAUGUUUGAAGUUGAAAUAAAGUAUUGGUAGAUAACAAAAAAAUAAGUAGUUAGUUAUUUUCUUCCGCUUAUCGUACACUAUCGUGCAUACAUUCAUGUACACAUCCUACCUAGAAUAACUGUCAUCUUCCGCGUCCAUCUUGUUUGAGUAUCAUUUUGAGCAUCACUCGCACUGUUUGUGUUUCUCAUUUUAUUUUGUAACUAUUCAUCCUACCUGUAGCUUGCAACGUUCUGUAAUGUACCAUGUUAUCAUGUAAGUAUAACAGUUUUCUACUACCGUAGAUCGUAGUCUCGACUUUAGAUGAAGUUUUUUUGUAUUUUCUUUAGUUCAAAUGUAUUUGUCUAGAGAAAUAAGCAGAUACUAACAUUUUUGUACAUUUCUGUUAUUGUAGAUAACGAAAACGCACAUUGCUGAUUGAAGCGGAUGCAUGUUUAGCAUUUCUAGAAUCACCGUAUACGAAUCAAAUAUGGCAACCAACGACAAUUAUUCUUAUAUUAUCUAACCUAAUUUAUAGCUAAACGAAUCGAUUGGACCACUUUUUACUGAUAACUGGUUUUGCUUUCUACGUUAUAUCUCCAAUUCCACUUCGUAUCCGGGUACGUAGUAUCGCACACUGUACAGGAUCUGGUCUUUAUCUGGAACAUGACCGACCCACUGGUGGUGAAUCCGGAAAUUGAACUGCCCCAACUGGACGUGAGCAACAACUACACCACGGAUUGUACGAUCGAGUACUCGACGGGAAACUUCACCUGCCUGGCGGUGGUGUUCAAUCUGCGGCGCCGACUCGGUUACCAUCUGUUCCACACGUACAUUCCGUCCGCACUGAUUGUCGUCAUGUCGUGGAUAUCGUUUUGGAUCAAACCGGAAGCCAUCCCGGCGCGGGUUACGCUCGGUGUGACUUCGCUGCUGACACUGGCUACCCAAAACACGCAGUCCCAACAGUCGCUUCCGCCCGUAUCGUACGUGAAAGCCAUUGACGUCUGGAUGUCUUCCUGUUCGGUUUUUGUGUUUCUCUCCUUGAUGGAGUUCGCCGUGGUCAACAACUACAUGGGCCCGGUGGCAACCAAGGUCAUGAAGGGCUACUCGGACGAAGAUCUGACCGAGGCGAUCGAUUUUAACAACAAGAACGGGUUCAAUAAGGCGCAUAGAGCAUCGGAUCUGCCGCAGUACGAUACGUUCUGUCACGGACGGGAGACGGCACUGUGCAUCGACAAGUUUUCCCGCUUUUUCUUCCCGUUCUCAUUCUUUAUACUGAACGUCACCUAUUGGACGACCUUUCUGUAGAGAUAACGACGUCGACAACGACAACGAGGUUGAUCUGUCUCUUUGCUAUUACUAGCUUAAAACUAGGAACUAAGUAGCCCCAGUGCGUGUUAGUGUAAUGCUUUAGCUCGUAUAUUGAAUAUUACUUUACGACCGAAAUAAAGCACUCGUUGAAUAGUUCAAUUAAAAGUAAAGUGAAAAACUUACAGCUGGAUUUUUUUUCAUAUCGGUGAAAGUGAAACCACGCGGAUCCGAAUAAGGUGAACGGGCCAUGCCCCGCACUGGUACAACCUAAAACGAGCAAAUAAAGUGAUAAUAGAG